GUGGAGAUCCAGUCGCAGAUGUCCGAGCGGGCUGUGGAGCUGCUGGGGUUACCUGGGGACCGGCCGUGCCUCCUCCUGGACGUGGGCUGUGGCUCUGGUCUGAGCGGGGAUUACAUCUCCGAGGAGGGUCACUACUGGAUUGGCAUGGACAUCAGCCCUGCCAUGCUGGAUGUGGCCGUGGAGAGGGAGGUGGAAGGAGACCUUCUCCUUGCAGACGUGGGUCAUGGUAUUCCCUUUAGGCCUGGCAUGUUUGACGGCUGUAUCAGUAUUUCCGCAGUGCAGUGGCUUUGUAAUGCUGAUAAGAAAUCACACAGCCCUCCAAAACGCCUUUAUCGAUUCUUCUCAACUCUUUAUACUGCCUUGGCCCGAGGAGCCCGAGCUGUCCUGCAGCUGUAUCCCGAGAACUCAGAACAGCUGGAGCUUAUCACGGCCCAGGCCAUGAGAGCUGGCUUUACUGGGGGAAUGGUGGUAGAUUACCCCAACAGUGCCAAAGCCAAAAAGUUCUUCCUUUGUCUCUUUGUUGGGGCAUCUGGCACAUUACCAAAGGGCCUUGGUACUGAGUGUGCUGAUGGAGAAGAGAUACACCAGGCAAAGUUCACCAAUGAGAGGACACGGUUCAGAAAUGCCAAGGGCAAGUCUGUGAAGAAAAGCCGGGACUGGAUCCUUGAGAAGAAGGAGCGUAGACGACGACAGGGCAAGGAAGUGCGAGCAGACACAAAAUACACAGGUCGAAAGCGCCGCCCUCGCUUCUGAAUUGCUCUGGACACUGCUGGCUUUGAAGAUGAUGUAUUGGUCUCUCCAGUGAGCCUCCUGUGGAUGGCACAGACGGGCACCCCAGGCCUG